AUGGAGUUGGCUAGAGAACGGGAGAAGGAAGACGAUAUUGUCGACGAGGAUGAUUUCACAGGAUAUAUCCCCGAUGAAUGUUUUCUCGACGAUUACAAUGAACAGAUGCUGGUCGAUGUGAUGAAUGAACAAGACAAGUUAAUCAAAUGGCUUAAAGCCCACGGAGGGCACAAGACGGUUGCGAAUCGCCUUUUACUGAUUUUCGAUGAUAUGGUCGGGUCGUCCCUCUUUUCGAACGCAAGAAACAAUGCCUUCAAACGUCUCAACUCCAAUCUGCGCCACUACUCUGCUUCUGCCAUUAUUGUGUCCCAGUCGUACAAGGAACUUCCACGCAUCUGCCGAGUCAAUGCCUCGGGUGUCAUCUUGUUUGAAACGCCUAAUGAAAAAGAGUUGGAAGUGUUAUACGAAGAAAAUCCUUGCUCGCUCAAGAAAAACGAUUGGCUUUCCUGUUAUUACGAAUGUACAGCUGACCCAUUCUCGUUCAUGAUGAUCAACUAUAAGCGGCCGAAACAACUCAGGAUCUCAAAACGAUUCGAUGAGUUUUUGCUGUGCGAUACGAUGAAAGGUAUCCCGGAUCGACGGCCACCAAUGAGAUCUGCCGCAGAUGACCAUCCACCAACCAUAUAA